GUCUGUAUUGCAAUUCAGUUUUUCUUUAUGAUAGAGGUAAGGGUUAAGGGUAAUAUUUUUCACAUGGAUAUCAAAUUUUUAGCAUCACUUUUUGAAAAAACUAUCCAUUCUUCAUUGAAUUACCUUGGUCUAUAUAUGUUGAGACCUAUUUAUAUAUUCUUAGGUCUUUCAUUUCAAUGAUCUGUCUUUAUUUUUAUGCCACUGUUUGAUUAUUGUAGCUUUAUGGUACAUGUGCUAAGCGAGGUCCAUUUGUGAGGCAGAAUCCAUACAGUAAUUUGAAGAAUGAAAUUUUAGUAUAAAGAAUUAGCUAUUGAGUCACCCCCAUUUAGCCUUGGUGCCAUGCGCAUUUUGGAUACCCAGCCCACCUUGCUCUCUAGUACUUAUGAGUCUUUUCCUUUCAAGAUGCCUGAGGAGGUGUACCAUGGAGAAGGGGAGGUGGAGACUUUUGCCUUUUAGGCAUAAAUUGCCCAAGUCAUGUCUCUUGUAAUCAAUACCUUCUAUUCCAACAAGGAGAUUUUCCUUCAGGAGUUGAUCUCUAAUGCUUCUGACGGCUUAGACAAGAUUCGCUAUGAGAGCCUGACAGACCCUUUCACGGUGGACGGUGGUAAAGAACUGAAAAUUGACAUCAUCCCCAACCCUCAGGAUUGCAUUCUGACUUUGGUGGACACGGGCAUUGGCAUGACCAAGGCUGAUCUCAUAAAUAAUUUGGGAACCAUUUAUGCUACGUCUGGUACUAAAGCAUAUAUGGAGGCUUCUCAGUCUGGUGCAGAAAUCUUCAUGAUUGGGCAAUUUGGUGUUGGCUUUUAUUCUACCUACCUAGUGGCAGAGAAAGUAGCCAUCACAAAGCACAAUGACGAAGAACAGUAUUCCUGGGCAUCUUCUGCUGGGAGUUCCUAUUUACUUGUUGACCAUGGUGAGCCCAUUGGCAGGGAUACCAAAGUGAUCCUUCACCUUAAAGAAGGUGAGACAGAGUACUUAGAAGAGAGGUGAGUCAAAGUAGUGAAGAAGCACUCUCAGUUCAUAGGCUGUCUCAUCGCCCUUUUUUGGGAGAAGGAACCAGAGAAGGAAAUCAGUGAUGAUGAGGAAGAAAAAGGUGAGAAAGAAGAGGAAGAUAAAGAUGACAAAGAAAAGCCCAAGAUUGAAUCCUGAGGUCAGGAGUUCAAGACCAGCCUGGU